AAAAGGAAAAUUGUUGCGUUUCAGUCUUGGUUGGCUGAACCCAGUGGAAUCAAAAACAAAACAAAACAAAAGAUAGAAUAAAAAUGUGUCCGAUGAAGCAGAAGCACCGGUCCUCCGCCGUCGAAGCCGCUGGUAAAUGCUCUAGAUCUACUACCUCUGCAGAACCUGUGAGGAUUCCUGACUGGAUCUCUGAGUCCAUCAAUGGCGGUUCCUUGCCAUGCGUCGAUCUCCACACCGGCAACAACGGCUGGGCCUCGCCUCCGGGGGAGUUGUUCUCUCUCCGCUCCAAGAAUUACUUUACCAGACGGCAGAAGUCUCCUUCCGGGGACUACCUACUCGCUCCUGCUGGUGUGGACUGGAUCAGGUCGAGUGCGAAACUCGAUAACGUACUCGCCCGACCAGAUAAUCGCGUGGUUCAGGCCCUGAAAAAGGCACAGUCGGACGGACAGUCUCUGAAAAGCUUUAUAUUCGCUGUUAAUCUCCAGGUUCCGGGGAAAGACUACCAUAGCGCCGUGUUUUAUUUCGCCACGGAAGAUCCUAUCCCGUCCAGAUCGUUGCUGUACCGGUUUAUCAACGGAGAUGACGCGUUUCGAAAUCAACGGUUCAAGAUUGUUAACCGCAUCGUGAAAGGGCCGUGGAUCGUGAAGAAAACGGUGGGGAAUUACAGUGCGUGCUUGUUAGGUAAGGCCUUGACUUGUAAUUAUCACAGAGGAGCCAAUUAUUUGGAGAUCGAUGUCGAUAUCUCGAGUUCGGCGAUCGCUGCCGCGAUUUUGCACCUGGCAUUGGGAUACGUGACGAGCGUGACCAUCGAUAUGGGUUUCGUGGUGGAGGCGCAGACCGAGGACGAGUUGCCGGAAAGGUUAAUUGGUGCGGUUAGGGUUUGUCAGAUGGAGAUGUCGUCUGCGACGGUUGUUGAGACGUCGACGACACAUUCGCCGCAGACAGCGGCUCCUCGUGCAAUGGGAGCUAAGGUUAAUCACCAUAAGUCCGGUGACGAUUAGGACUGAAGAAUGGACUAUCGAGGUUAAAUCAUGUUUUAAAUUUUAAUCCUAUUUGAUAGCUUUUUUUUUUAUGUGAAAAUUUGAGUCCCUUUUUCCAUAAGGAUCAAUGGGUGUAGAUAAUAAAGUAGAUAACAAAUAACAAUUUGCUCAGAAUUUUUCUGAAAUUUUCUUCCUUUGAAACUUUCAUCGUCAACAUUUCUGGGAUAUCUGUUUGGAAAAAUUGU